AGUCACCCUCCCAACAACCGUUAACCUUCAAAAAAGUCGUGUGGAUAUUGGAGGCGGCAGAGAUGAAAUUGCAUUUAUUCCGGGAUUGUCAAUUAAUCAGACUUUCGCAUUUCUUGAGCCUUCAAUCGCCCAAUGUUUCAGACGAGCUUCCGAACAAGUCUGCCCACGACCAGGCAAUCAGGCUACAGUCGACCAGGGUACGGGGCUUCACUCGACGGCUAGCGCUCACAGUGUUCAGCGGUUCGACUCGUUUCUCCUCAUGAGUGUUCAACAGUUCAGCUUUCUCCUCCGAUACCAGCUUGCGGGCUUUAGGAAGAAGAAGAUGAUAAGAUUUCUUCCAGUUUGGGGCUUCUGGUGUCAACAUACGGUCAGCUUAUUUUUGUGCUAAAAUGGAUUACAAGUUUGAAGAUGGGCGAGGCAACCCAAGUGUUUUUCAAAUAUACUAUGUUCUGGACAUAUUUUUUCGAAAUACAUUUUUUAUUUUUACUCCAAAAAAAACAAAUUUUAAAUUUAUUUCAAAUGGUUGGAUUCAAUUAGUUAGGCAAUCUUGAAUGAAUACUCUUGGUAACCUAUUUUAUUAGUCAAAAUGAUGAGUUUAUUUUGAUUAGGUUACCUGUUAAAUCCAUACUUUUGGAUCAAUAAUAUUUGGUUCAGUUUCA